ACCGAAACUCACGUCCAGGGCCUCGGCGAGAACGGUAUUGAGCAAAAGCUGGCCCCAAGGCCAUGGCGGUAGAGGGGGUCAAAAAUAUGAAACGUCGCCGCCCCAUGGCAUCACUACUUAACCAGAACACUGCACGCCUUGUGCACGGGUCGCGGGGCAGGCGCCGCUACGGUGUAUGGGCCCGGGGACGGCGGCGGGAAGGCCCAGCCCCGCCCCCCCUGGCAGGCACGGCCUCCUUCCAGCACCCUCUGAAAGCGACCCGGCGGCGCGGGGGCGGGCGGGUGCGGAGUGGAGGCCGCCAGAGAGAAGCGAGAGGCGAGAAGCGAGGAGGAGGAAAGAGGAGGAGAAGGGGAAUGGGGGAGGGAGGUGGGCGAGCCCCCGCGCAAACACCACACACAGGCGCUGGAGGGCCAUCAUGGGCGCACUGGCGGCCUGCGCCGGGCCGGGGGGGCCAAGACGGAGGAGGCAGGAGUGGCGGCAGCAGGCAGCAGGCAGCGCGCUGCGGGCAAGGAGGGCCCGCGGCGGAGGAAGGCCUCAGGGGAUGGCCCACCCUGAGCGGAGGGUACAGUGCGGGCGCGGCCGCAGGAAACCAUGGCAAGAAACCCUACCCUGAGACCCCGUGCGCGAGGUGCACCUGAGGGGAAACCUGGAGCACCCUGAACGCAGCAGCUCCCUCCACGCCUGCGGGAGGAAGCCGCCGCGCAGCGCCAGGAGCGGAGAAACCCAGGAUACCGUGACGAACAUUGAAAAGACGCCCUUCGGGCCGAGGCCAGGGCCCAGGAUGGCCCUGGCCAAGCCUGGCGGUGGUGUGCAGGUCCCUUUCUGCGGAUCCUGCGUCGCCUGGGUGGGCAGCGGCACCGGGGACGAGGAGGACGGACGGGAGAAUACUAGCUGGGCGCGUCGCAAGGUAUGGCAAUCGGGUGCGGACGUCAGGACUGCUGCCCCAGCCGGGCCAGCGCGUUUCUCUCCAGCCGCCCGAGGCACUCCCGCACCUCGCGGGCCUGCGCGAGCACUGCCCGCAGCUGCUCAAUGCCGAGCUGCCCCGCCUCGUAGCUCUCCAGCGCCCGCGCCAGCGCGCACACCUUCUGCCAGUCCGCCGUAUCCCAGCUCCCCUUCUGCAGCAGAGCCCGCCGCCGCUGCCGCCGCCGCGGCGCCCCCGCCUCGCUGCUGCGCGGGCACGCCCAGGUCGCUCGAGGACGAAGAGGCCGCGCCCCCUGGCCGUGGAGCGGCGCCCCCGCCGCCGCUGCUGCUCGGGGCGCCGCCGGGAUGCCGGCUGUCACGCGCAGGGGGGAAAUCCUCCUCGCCGCCACCCCCUGCGUGCGCGCCGCCGACCUGGCCCGGCGGCAGCGGCCGCCACUCCGCCAGCACCAUCGCCUGCGUCUCGUAGAACCGCGUCCUGCCGGGGGGGGCCGCCGGCAGCACCUGCGGCACGGUGCGGGCGGGCGUGCCGCGGCCCAUCGGACGCCCCGCCGCCGCCUC